AUGGAGAAGUCCCGAAUGCGAAGACCUCACCGACGUCAGCAUUCAAAGUUCUCUCUGGACUUUGGCAAAGACUUUCCCAAGAGGUUUGCUACCGGCGUCCUUGUUGUCAUCCUGGUGGCAGUCCUUCUCUACUUCGGCCUCCAACGUUACAAUCUUCUGCGUCGUCAGCGACAAGUCUACUCACCCAUCCAGUUGCCGAGGCUAGUUCAGCCAAAUGAAACGGCUCCGGAAAAUUCACCUGAACUCUUCUGGGGCACCUAUCGACCGGGUAUCUACUUCGGCAUGUCUCAUCGCAGCCCUCAUUCUAUGCUCUUUGGACUAGCAUGGGCCACUCUUGGCACUCUGUCUCCACAAUUUCGUCAUGAAUGUUUGCUCGAGGAUGGUCUUAAAAGGUAGGUGGGCUUCUAUGUCGAAAUGCCUUCUUUGCUGCGGAUCUAAGAGACUUUAUGCCAAACUGACUGUAACUUUUCUGGCUAGAACCAAGGUGUCCAGGUGUGCUUUGAUUCUCUCUGUCUGGUUUUCGUCGAAUUUGCGUAUCGUAUUUUACAAAAAGACGCCGGAUCAUACAUGUGCAUCACCUUAGGAGGGGAGGUGUGAACAGGCUAGAGCUGACUUUUGUGCUUCUGAAUACGCGUGCGCAUCCCGAUUCCCACGAAAAUUGGCAGAUCACUGAGUACCUUAAUCGCCGCCUGUAUUGGCGUCAGAGUACGAUUUGACCGAGUGGACGGUGCGUGACAUAAGACUAACCAGUCCUGCUUUUUGUGGCGGGAGAGCCCAUGACAAAGAAGAGCAGUGUCUUUUGAUUUUCCAUGUUCAAUCCCGCGAAUCCAGUCUGAACUACUGACAACUGAGAUGCUAAUUGUGUUUUCCUCACACGGGCUACACCGCAAGUCCGCUGGAUCAGAACGAGGUUACAGUGGUUCAUGACACGCGUUUCAUCGACCCGCGCCGUCCAUACGCGUCCCGAUCUACUGUCGUACUUGCGUAUGGUAUACUUUAGACAGAUACCUUCUGCCCCCGCCCUCCCCCAGCUCCUGCAUACCAUCGUCAUAUUCAAGUUCAGGAACCGACGACUUGCCCCUCCCAGUCGUGGGGAGGGGGGUGUCUGUAACCACGCCGUUUGAGUGGUUAUGGUGGUUUGAUGUUUGCACACUGCUACGUGAACGAAGCGGCUUCUCUCUUUACCUUUGCUCAGACUUUUCUUAACUUUAGUUGCUACUGUACCCUGAAAAAGCUCAGGACCUCCCGGAGAAUGCUUCUGUCGGUUCAUGACACACGUUUUAUCGGCUCACGCCGUCUGUACGUCUCCCGACCUACUGCCGUACUUGCGUAUGGUAUACCUUAGAGGCAUUCAAUCUCCUAUCGCCAGUUAGUUGAUAGACUUGGACAGUUUACUGGUACAUAGCAGAGGGAAGACAGUGAGGCCGAUGUUGGGGAAUUAGUCCUCAUGACACGCGUUCCAUCGGCCCGCGCUGUCUGUACGCGUCCCCAUAUACUGCCACACUUGCGCAUGGUAUACUUUAGACAGAGGCCUUCACGCCCCCCUCCCCCCAGCUACUGCAUACCAUCGUCAUAUUCAACUUCUGGGACCGACGACUUUUGCCCCUCCCAGUCGUGGGUGAGGGUGUGUCUGUAAUCACGCCGUUUGAGUGGUUAUGGUGGUUUGAUACUUGCACGCUGCUACGUGAACGAAGCGGCUUCUCUCUGUACCCUUGUUCAGACUCUUCUGAGCUUGAGUUACUACUGUACCCCGGAAGAGCUUUGAUACGCGUGCACCUCAGAACUAGAGUUCCGAGUCAAACGUACUUGGGUUCCCUUCAAAGCAUCCUCCCAGAAGGGCAGUACCAUCGUCAUAUUCAAGUUCAGGAACCGACUUCUCUCUUUAUCCUUGUUCAGACUUUUCUUAGCUUGAAUUACUAAUAUACCCUGGAAAAGCUCAGGACCUCCUCCCAGAAGGGCAGUAUCAUCGUCAUAUUCAAAUUCAGGAACCGAAGACUGCUCUCUUUACCCUUGUUCAGACUUUUCUUAGCUUGAAUUACUAAUAUACCCUGGAAAAGCUCAGGACCUCCCUGAGAAUGCUUCUGUCGGCUCACGCCGUCUGUACGUCUCCUGACCUACUGCCGUACUUGCGUAUGGUAUACCUUAGAGGCCUUCACCAACCCCCCCCCCCUCCUCCUCCCCCCCAGCUACUGCAUUCCAUCUCUUAUCGUCAGUCAGUUGAUAGACUUGGACAGCUGACUAGUACAUAGCAGAGGGAAGACAGUGGGGCCGAUGUUGGGGAAUUAGUCCUCGCAGCAAAUCAUCGCAUGAAAUCUGGCACCCUUGAACCUAUCACUUCGAGGACGUUAAUGACGACGCGCUCCGUCCGAUAAAACACCCGGGAUAGUUGUCGGACUAAGGAGGCGCUGAAAUGAGUCGUUGAGCAUCACUUUAAAUACGCCCACAUGCAUUAUUAGUAGGAAAAGAGUUGAAAACGUUCAAAAUGUGUUACCAGACAUAAGUAGGUUGCAUCACAAAGAUGGGAUGCAGCAAUACUGGAGAGAAUGCCGUUACAUAUGCAACUGACCCGUCUGGAGUGUGAGGUGGUCCCGACUUGUCCGUUAAACUACCUGCAGGGAGAGAUGUCAGCGGUAGGAAGGGAGGGGGCACCGGCUACCUUCGGCGAUAAGCGGUCACACCACUUCCACCCUGGAUGCCCGCAGAAGUUACUGUAACCCACUUAAACAACUUUGUGGAACCCGAUGUGCGUUGCGGUCAUGGCUGCGAAGGUUGCUAACUGACGGGAUAACUUAGUCCUUCUGAGAGCAGAGGGCUGGUCUACGAGAUCCGAGAUCUUCGCUAAACGUAGUCCGAUAAAUAUACUGGGCAUCAGGCCGUGUCUGUGGCACACGUGGACGGGCCAUCUAGCUUCGUCAGCUACGGCGCCCACAUUCGCCUCCGGCCGUCGUCAGUCUGUUCCGUCAUCAAAACAAGAUGGGUAAGGGGGGAGAGAGCGCGAAAGGCGUUGCGCAAGUCUGCCUUAUUGUGAACCCGGGUCAUUCUUACGCCAACCUCUUUGGGCAGCAGUGGACCUCAUCGUUUGCGACGCCCGGAUUAUUGUGUACUGUGUGUAAUUAACUUGGCUAUCAUCAUAAUUCCUUUUUAACUGGUUCCAAUACCUCUAGCAUCAUUAGCUUAUGCGGUCGCUGCCAGAUCAUCCGUUGUUACUAUCAACUUAUCCCGUCAUCAUCUAACACAAAAAGUGUGCGACAUAGUAUCCUGCUCAUUUCUUUAUUUAUUACAUCUACAUCAUCGGCGCUAAUCUGAACAGGAGGCUCAGAGAGAUAGGGUUAGGGAUGAAUUGGAGCGCAGAUUAAUAAAAUACGAGACUUAACCAGCGGUAGGCGCCUCUGAUGAUAUUGCGCCAAAACGUUCCGGAGGCACCACUUAUCAAAUACCGAGUUUUCUCAAAUAAGCAGUGCACAGAGACUGGAUUGAUUUCUCACCCAUCGAUCGGGGCGGCCUUUGCUCUAGGUCCAUAUACAAGCAACGAGACUGGGUAUGUUUUGCGCGGGUUCUUUGCGGUAUUCAACCUCGUUUCGGCAUUAUCCUGCCGAAGUCUUCUUUGAGGAGCAGGAGGGGAAUACUUCUGAUGUGAAACCCAUUAGCAGCACUUUGAUACGCGGGCACCUUAGAACUACAGUUCCGAGUCAAACGAACUUGGGUUCUCUUUGAAGCAUUCCCCCAGAAGGGCAGUACCAUCGUCAUAUUCAAGUUCUGGAGCCGACAACUUUUGCUCAAUUAGAAGCCCCUCUCAGUCGUGAGGGAGGGCGUGUCUGUAACCACGCCGUUCGAGUGGUUAUGGUGGUUUGGUGUUUGCGCACUGCUACGUGACCGAAGCGGAUUUUCUCUUCACCUUUGUUCAGACUUACCCCGCACAGGCUCAGGACCUUUCUGAGAAUGCUUCUGCCGGUCUAAUCAAACUCUGCAGAACUCUGUUCUUGGACCAGUCAUUCGGCGGAUGUCGCGUUUUCCUAAGCUUUAGUUCAUGCAUCUUCUUUUCAAAAUUUUCAGUCAUGCAGGACAUUCGGCGCACCAGAUUUGUUAAAAAAUCCUUUCGGGGCAGCUGAUCCCGUAUACACGGAGGACAGUAAAGAGCCAUUAUUCGCCAGCAGUGUAAAACAGUCUUUAAUGCCCUGUUGAAUACUAUUGGGAAUUUUCUUCGCUUCCGGUGCUGUUGAAGUCGAUCCCUUUAGGUGGUGUGGAGCCCCGUAAAACGGGCCACGCCGAAGUUUCAUUGGACCAACUCGGGAGCACAGCACGCAUUACUUGUGCUGCGGACAUGACGAUGUGUGGCGGCACGCCUAGGCGCGGGCUUCCGCCGCGCCGGCCACCUGCGCCUAAUGACCACGUCAGACGUCUAACCGUCUCGGGCAGUGAACUGGUGCAUGGGAUAGGGAAGGCAGAAAGUCGGGUCGACUCGACGCAAAUCUCCACUACAAACAGUCGGGCGCAUCUUUGAGCUAUCACGGUGCGCUGAAAGCUAUGACUCGGAAGGCUCUCAACUCACGGAACAGCUCAGUCCUCGCAGGACGGGGAAUUAGGCUGCAAUGUGGCCUCGAUGGCGCCCCAACUCAGAUUGAAUCUGAGCCGUUCCCUUUGUCUCUGUGAAAACUUAGUCCGUCGUGCGCAGACCACGUCGCGUGUGGCACGCUUAAACAGGCCGUUUAGUUUUAUCAGCCACAACACUCGAUCUCACCUCCGGUCCUCUUGACCCCCUCUAUACACCAGACUGAGGUGGGUGAGGGAGGGAGGGGUGCGAUAGAUGCAGCGUACGUCUGCUUUCACUAUAAACUAAUCCACGCAUAAGCCACCGUCCUUCGUCCACUUUGUUGUAGGAAACACGAUGGACAUCGUCGUCCGCGACGAUCGAAAUGAGAAAAGGUGGUGUCGCUCGCAGAGUUGUCUUGCGGUGUGUGCGGUUCGAACUAUGUUAUCCGUCUCUGGAUCCUCGUACUGGCUAUUAGUCGAUCACCGCUCCCUGCCGAGCGUUUCACUACAAGGAUUUUGACAGCCUGUGUGAGGUUGUUUGUCCUGACAUUAGAGUACCUCCUCUGCUGAAGACGACCGUGGUGGGUCUUUAGUUUGCUUUCCACAUUUGGAGCGUUCAAAUCACCUUUGGUCAUUUUUGUGAAUAAAGCUUACUAGAAAUGGUAGCCCUUCAAGCUGCGGCCAUUAGCGCACGAUGAUGGGUUGAAGUGCGUUAGGUGGCGGAGAGGGAGACACGAUCGCUGGGACAAGUGCUUUGUUAACCUGACGUUUGGGAUUCUUACUCGGAUUCAUCAUCACAGACAGAGUCAGGUAAGGGUAGUGGAUUGCCCAGAUGUUGCAGUAUUUAUUGGAUACAGUUGCUAGGCCGCUACAUGCCUAUCAUAGUUGACAUCGGCGGAGUGCAUCACAGCUCGACUGCCCAGGUGUGGAAGUAUGCAAUUGCUAUUCGCCUGUGUGCCGGUCAGGAUUAUCGGUUCCCACGCAGGCGAAUUGCUGCCUACCGGAUUUCGUUAUCCGUGUGGACUGUUGGGCCGACUGUUUGGGUCGCCGACAUUGACGCCAGGGACACUGGUCUUCCUAACGCUCUCCUCGCUGCUAACUACUCUGCCUACGCAAGGUCUCAGCGCUGAAUAUGUAGCGGGGAAGUCGUUGCGCUUGUUGAUUAAUUGAAGACCAUAAAACCACGACUAGAGCAGUUCGCGGCUCAUGUAGUUGUCACCUCUAGCAAGAACUUCUGUUUCGCCAUACUUGAAUGUGCGGUUGGGUCUCGUCGAAUGAACCGCGACUUGGUGGCUGGCGUCGUUCCUCCUCACUGCCGCUGCGUGCUCGGCCAUCCGCGUCCAGAGUAGUCUUCCCAUACCUGCUCCCGCCUCUGAUGAUGGAUUCUAAUGAGCAUCCGAAACGUCCGGCUAAUAAAGUCCUUGUUCCAGCGAUCGUGUCUCCCUCGCGAAUAGCGACAUUCGCGAACGUCCACUUCCCAGCUGCAUAUUUCGGAACUGUCCGCAUUUCGAACCUCCUCCCAUUGUGUUCGCAGUUCUCCCAACUACCGGCGAGACGUUUUACUACCCAGUAUCUCGUUCGUUGUACCCGGCGACAGCCACGGCUGCAAUGUCCAACCGGACGUCAGCUCCCGUUCGUACUUGCCACAACAGGACUCGUCCCUUCCUCCACACAAACCAGAUUUUGCUCACUCGUAUCUCACAUGAAUUAGAGUUGCCGCGAGGGCAAAAAGAGAGCCAUUUUAGUGUGACCUUCAGUUUGUGGGAGGGUCGAGGUAUCGCGCCAGUUGGAAACCGUCCACUUCACAACUUUUAGGUCAUCGUGCUAACUGAAAACGCACUGGAUGUGUUAUCGUUAGAUUAGUUCGCUCAGAGUUAGCUCCAAUCCCCCCCGCCCAAUAUUCCUCGCGCACCGAGACAGGCUGACUGAAUAUGAUAGCCGACACCGUAGUUUACGCGGUAGAAAGCCGCUGUCUCUAGAUUGCUUACGCGCCUGGUUCCCGUAUGGGCUUUGGCACGAGAGCGCCGGCCGUUUUCGGGGCUCAUUUCGCCCUUUAUGCCACGCGGACGCGCUAGACAGACGUGAAGUAAAUAGUCGCCGGUCCCCGCUUCCCGAAAGUCACUUCUCCCCCCAGUUCAUAACUGACUGCUGGAAUCCUUUUCAGUAUUACUUCAAAUACGUGAUUUUCCCACUGAUUCCUGUCUCUUUGUAAGAGGUCAAUUGCAUUUAAGGGUUGUUAGUUUACAGAGGAGCAUGUAAUGACUGGGACAUUCGGCCCGCCCUGACUACCGCGCAAUCCAAGGACUCGGUCCUGUUGAGGGAGACAGCAAACACCGGUAGGUCUUUAUUCUAUGCAGAAUGAGAAAUACAGAUGUAGGUAACAUGGUGACGGGCCGUGUCAGCAGUCGAGGAGUGACAGCCCAGUUGACUGACACCUCUGACGACCUGGUUUUACCAAUGAGCUUUCGUUUGAAGUUUUGGUUGCCUGAGUUGUGAGGUGGGUGUCAGCUGCGGGUGAGAGGCCGAGAUAGAACCUCGAAAGGCCUUUUAACCUCACUUUUUUUAGAGACAAAUGAUUCCAAAAACAUAACCGUCUCCGAGCCUCAUCAUUCAGAUUCAGUCUUUCUUCAUGCUUAUGAGCGCGCCAUCAGCGUGUGCCUUCUCUCUGUGUGCAUUGUAGCUACGGAUGGGUAGAGCAUGAUGGUCGUAACUUUGGCGUCGAAACAAUCAUUGAUGGCAAUCAUAACAUCACCGUCUCCUUCGUAAAGCGUUCCUCUGGCCCGUAUGGCGGCGAUUGGACUGCCAGAAUCUCCGUUUCUGCCGCUCAGAGGGUUAGUUUCCUGCACAUUUUACUUUUGUUUUGUUUUUACUUUGUUUUGUUUUUUCACUUUAAUAUAUACUAGCUGGACCCCGCCACGCGUUGCUGUGGCUCAGUCUGAUGAAAUGGAAAAGAAAGAAAAGAGGAAGGGGCGCGUUUCUAAUAUGUUUAAGUUCAUAAUGCUUGUCGUUGCGUUGCCUGUGCAGGUAAAAAGAUUGUCUGGUUUGCCGACUCGCGUGCACGCAACGUAAAAUUGGCCGUGUGAGAAACAUCAGCCAGUCAUACCCAACCCCGAAGUGUGGAACACCUGAGGCUCGAACUCGCGACCAGUUAGUUAGAAGUCCACGCCUCUAACCACUGGGCUACGAGCCUGUUAGAGGCGUGGACUUCUAACUAACAGGUCGCAAGUUCGAGCCCUGGGGUGUUCCACACUUCGGCGUUGGGUAUGACUGGCUGACGACGGCUAAUAAGCCAGAAAUGGCCAUUCCAGUCUCCCUUGCCUUUGUCGGUAGUAACAUACUGCCUAUAUCAUGCGCCGCUGUGUGGCUGCUGGUUGGGCUCGAGAGAGAGCCCGUAAGGCCCAACGGAACGAGUGAGUUCCGUAAGAAAGAUCGGUGAGCGCCCCCUACCAUUAUAUAUAUACACACACAAGUAGAGAGAUUACUGACGGAGACAAAAGAGACUGAAAUGUGAGAAACAAUCAAUUUGCAGACGAUCUCAACCGCACAUUUCUAAGGAUUAGCCCUGAGCUUUGUUGAUUGUGAUUGCAAACGCCAAUCGAAUCGGGAGUUUCAGCCUCCAAAAUUGAAAUGGCAUAUCAGUUGGAAUUAGUGGAAUGCAAGGAAUAAGGACAUGUUCACCUUUGAAGGAUCCUGUCAAGAUAGUGGCUUCCGUGACGUUGUUUAUUAAUGGUUUUACUGCAAGCCGCUAGCCGUUGCAAAGCCUCGGAUGGUUGAUAUUUCGCAGCACGAUAACCAGUACACCGAUUUUCAAUUGCAGUACCUGCGCCGCCGUCCCUGGCAGAUCAAGUGAAUUCAAAAUUUCUGUGGGAUAAUUAACCGCCUCGUCUGCUUCCACAGCAGUGCCAACGGACGUGUGCAGGACUGCCUCGCUUUGAAUCCUAUACUGAAUAGUAUAGUCAAGUAGGUAGACUUCUUUGUCCUUGGCCACAAGAGAAUAGCUCGUUCGCUCAGCCAAUCGGGAUCCGUAUAAAAGAUUGGAAUGUUGGGAAAUACCUUUGCAACCUAUUCUUCUUUUGAUGACACUAAAUUGCCGAAGGUGGUAGGCUGUGAAAUACGUUCCGAAGUCGGAUCAACCGGCACCGUUCCAUUCCUCUUUACCAGCAAUUGGUGUGAGAAUAUCUCAGCUGCUCAGUCGUUUGACAGCUGGAACACGCAUAUGUGUAGUUUAUUUUAACGCCUGGACGUGACGCCAAAAAGUAGAGGAUUUCAGGCUGGUAUUUAUUUCGUCCGCUGGUGUGCAUCGAGGAAUUACAAGCAGUGUUUGCCUGAAGUCUCCAGCAAGCAGUGGCAAUGCGUCUCCAAAUGGUUUGCUGUUUCCGCGCAAAUCUUGUAAUGAUCGGUCAAGGGCCUCGACCGUGUUUAUGUGCCAUUAUGCAUUCAUUGUUUGCAUUUAUGCAGUAUUUUUCCCAUGCCGGAUGCCUUGGAAAUGUUGCACGUAGGAGUUUCGCUGAUUUGCACGUUCAACGGCAAUUGUAAAGCUGAAUAAGCGGUUCUUCCGCCGGGUAGCAAGGUCGCAGCUAUUCCGGACGACGCAGGAGCUAAGGCUAUGUCAUUUUGGAUCAAAGUGCUGUCAGAAUCAGUCGUAGUAGGAACGUUUUGCCAGUCCCUUUCUGGUGCAUCCAAAAAGAUUACUCCAACCCCGCCAUUGACAGUCCGCAUUAUUUGAUCGUAAAUACCAUCCUGUUAGCUUAGGAACGCCUGAUUGCAGAUACGACACAAGAUCAACCCUGUUGUAGUUUUGCUCACGCCACGCAAAUCCACGUCUAACGAAGUAGCAGCAGAUCGCUUUUGGUGUUGGCUUUCCCAUUUGAUUGAGAACUUUGUUCAUGAUCUCUACCCACACAUCCUCAAUCAUUACUAACGCCUCGUUGUAGAUUUUCUGCUGUGAAGUUCGCAUUUGAAUUGUCCCUGCGUAUUCGAGGGAAGAUGCCUUCAGUCAUGUGCGACCCACUGGCCGAGGCGGGGUGGGGGAGGGGGUGGUGUUAACUGCAUGCAGUCGUCACGCCCGAGCCUCCCAGCAGAAGCAGUGACAGCCCGGUUAUGUGUGUUGUGCGGCAAGGUCAAGUGGAACCCAAGAGUUGCAGGUCUUUUUUUCUGUGUGGCUCGCCUAGCGGCCUGUACUGCAUCGGCCCAGAGGGGGUGGGGCAUGUUCAAGUAUCUGCGGGGGGUGGGGUGGGGUGAGCGCAGCCGUCGGGGGGAGUGCGUGUGUUUGAGCGGAUGUCGGUCAAGUGGCUCGUGUGUCCGAGUGGCUGCCUGUCAACGGGCCGCAGGCCAGCGUGUCAGCAGGUGGCGUUGUUAUGGCAGAAAAAAUCAUGUUUUUUUACCCAUCGCAGGCGUGUCAUCUGCAUUACUAUGAAGGUAGACAUAAGAAAAACCGGCCCUGUGCGCAGGCAGGGUUGUGUCAAAAUUUCAGCGCAAUCGGUACAGUACUUUCGGAGAUUACCUUCCAUAUAUAUAUAUUUCAUUUUUAUAUAUAAGAAGAAGAUAAUCUCCAAUUAAUAAUAAAUCGCCCUCUCCGGACUAUAACGCCAAUUUAGCCAUUUCUUUUAUUACUGGCUUUUGUCGUCGGUGGGGGAAUCUCAGACUAAAUAUGAAUACGACCACGCUACUAAUACAUGGCAGGCCCUACAAAUCCAGGUGUUCUAUGUAAAUAUGUUAACUAUCGUAGUCAGGACGUUCACCAAUCGGGUUGCGGGACACGGUUGUGCCGUUGCGCCCCGGCAGGCAGGAGUACGGACAACCGCAAUAGACAUUUCCGGCUCAUUGGCCGUCAUCAGUCAACCUUACCCAACCCAAAGUUGACGAGUUCGAACUCGAGAUCUUCGGUGUUGGAACGUUAAUUCCAACGUCCUCUACCAGUGUAUCUCUCUAAAAUUCAUGCAACUAAGGCGUACAACUGCUUACGAAUUUCAUAGCCAACUUGUCCAUCUCUACUCGCAUCUAUACGCGAAUUUACGAUCUAUUGGCGCUUUAACGCCGUGUCUGGCGGUUGCUUGGAGCGAUGUAAGUAGUUUGCACCUCAAAUGUGUUCGAAGAAGGACCCAUGAAUAGCUGCCAGUAUGACAGCUUAAGGUCGUGCUGCCGCCUGUUUUAGGGGGCGAUUGUGUUGUCGGCGAACUGUUCUGCAUAAAUGGCUGCCUGCAGCGUCUCAGACUGGCAAAAGGCCAGCCAAGGCGGGCGCAUGUGUGCGUGGAAAACAAGGAUAGUUGCCUUGGGUUUCGUUGUCAUAGCAGAUGGCAAAGCACUUAGGCUGGCCGAUAAGAUCUGCCAGUUUGGAUUCAAAAGCCAUAUAAUCCCAUUAAAAAAUGUCGCCCUUCCAGUUUACGGGACAGGAGUGUAGGAACUCGCAUGAGAAAAUCAGUCGAAAAAGAAGUAGUUUACACGCACUUAUGUCCUGCACUUGCGAGGUAGCAGCGUAAGUGCUGUCGGCGGUCGUGACCGCUGGCCGCUGGCCAGUUUCCGUCAUCUCAGACUUUCUCAGUCUCGGUCAGUGCUUUUCACGUCAUUAAACUCAUCUGGCUAUCCUACGCUCUCUGGCAUGCCCAUACAGGUUGACUUUGGGUUCGCCGGCCCUGAAAUUGGCCUUCGGGUAGAAGCCCAGCCUGCAAGUCAGCGAAGACAAUGAGAAUUUAACUCAGGUUAGUAAACGUAAGAGAUCCGGGUCGAUAAUCUGAGAAAUGUGAAGGGUUCACUGGAUCGGUGAAGAACUAAGUGACUGACAUUUUGACGGCCUUGGCCGGCUCUCCAUUAUAAAAGCGUUUUGUGCACAAAAUCGGCCGGAACUUUGAAUAAACGGCCGAAUUAGUUGGCCAUUCGCCGAUCGAUUUCUUCUUUUUUUCGCUGCCUUGGCCUUCUGGCCGCUGUCUGUGAAUGUAGGCAACCUUCUGCAUUGCGUGUCGUCUCCUCAACGGGGGUCUGUUGCACCUUUGCUCCUCUUUUGGGUGACAAGCCGUUUUUGCUCGGCAUUUUUAGACUGCAUGUGACCGUCUGGUCCUGGUCGUGACGUAUGCAGUGACGCAAGACUUCAUAGACCACAGGAAGGUCUAGAUGCCUGUUGAUGGAGUUGGCAUCUGGGUACCAAGCCUCAAGUGUGAGACUUCAUGUCUUUGAGGUGCUCCGGCUAAGGACGGUUGCUCCUUAAAAGUCAAAACUGUGGCCGGGUUUUCCGAUGUGAGUUGCAAGCUGUGAGUUCGGGUCCGGUCUCGGAGUCGCCAGUUUGUGCUCGUGUAGACGGGUCUGCAAUUUCCGUCCGGUUUCCUCAACAUAGUUGUAGUCCCCGUCGUUACAACGUAUUUGAUAGACAACUGCUGAGGUUCCAGUGGGUGGCAGUGUGUUUUUGGGUCGAAUCAAACGGCGCCGAAUUGGUGCCUGGGGCCGAAGGACAAUGCCUACUCUGGCGGGGGACUGUGAUGAGUAAGUGUAACGUCACCUUCGCACGAGAAUACCGUGUGAAACCUCAAGUGGUUUGUCAUCGGAACUGUAAUUUAAAAUUAAAGAUUCAAAAUAAUCCUCAUGAUUUUCUGCCAUGACCGACGGUUAGGUAAAAAAAAUAGAUGCGCCAUAUCUUACUGGUGGUGGGACAAGCCCUAACAAUCAACUUAAAGAGUCAGUUAUUACCUUUCAGGCGUACCUUUUUUAUUUCUCCUCUUUAGUCGGUAAAACCGCGACCGAUAGCCUUUCUGUUCUACGCACACCUUCCGGACUCCACCAGAGGCAUGCUGCAGUCCUUCACUCACGGCAAUGAACUAAAACGCCUCCGUGGUAGGUCUCCAAUUUCAUCAACCCCACCUCCCCCCCCCACCCUAUCCUCCUCUGAAGUCACCGAUCGCAUCUGCCUUGGCUAUCUCUCUAUCAAUCCCCUGUCUUCACCAAAAACUGGGUGCGUCAUUCGUUUCACGACAAAAGGUGGAUUACCGCGGGGUCCGGUAACCAUUUACGUCACCUUUGAAGUUGCUGGCAGACGAUAUGGUGCGACAUCUCAGCCCUGCUGAACGUGACUUCUUCUGUUUCGCCGAGGCUGAAUUGCACCGAACUUGCGACCUAUUCGUGAGGAACUGAAUGAACCGGGCGGGGUGAUCACAUCCAGCCCAACUGACUGAGUGGUUGUUAUAAUGUGUCAGACUGCUACAACAAUGGUACAACUUCGUUUAGACGUCUAGAUACAGGCAUAUGCGUAGCAACUGACCUGCUAUGAUGUUUACACGUGCCACGGGCGCGCCGCCUUACAUUGACUCAUAUUGACUGAACUUAAAUCGCUCAGAUGUCGCACAAUCGCCCCGUAAGUUCAGAUUGACAAGGAGUCAUUGCAACCUGGCCUUCAGUCGGGCAGCCCAAACUAUUCUGCCAGUUUGAAGCCCUCCAACUCUCAAGGCAGAAUUAUGCUCAUUCUCAUGCGGGUGAAGUCGAAUGCCGUGAUUGACCAGGCACUUCUACCCGCCAUCUCGUUUGUCACCCACACGUUUUGGCGACCGUUGAGGUCUUGGGAUGAUGAUGUCGCCUGCGUGGGGGGAGGGGCUCUCAUCGUGCGGAUGCGGUCAAGAAUGACUCACAUUUCCUCAGAUGCGUUGCCAAGUCAGGUCCUGUGGUCAGCGUGCUACAUGCCCGAAUUACGCAUGCGUCUCCAGAUCUGGAUGUCUCGAUAGUAUUGGUGGUACGGGGACUCGAAUUUCGUCUGUGACAUGCCAGAAAAAUAGGACGUAACAGUGGUCCCUCGCAAUUGACGAAGACCACCAUUACCUGGGCGAACAAUGGGGAUUUACGUGUAAAUUGGCCUAUUGGGAGGGGGAUUGCGCAGCGUCUACCUCACACUAUCUCUACCUGCACCUAUCAUGUUCCAGUGGUCAGAGCCAAGAUGUGAGUGCAGUGGUUGAACCCACAUCUACGCGUACAACGCAUGUGCUACACACACCAACCAGCUUUCCAAUGUGUCGAAACCCUCCUUAAGGAGUUACCAUGGACCAAAUUAAGAAGGGACCAUUGUAACCUCCCCUCGGCCUAUUACAGGAUCCGCUUAUAUUGUCAGUUGGUAGCAUUUCAAACCGCGAUUUCAGGUGCGUAGGGACAAUUGAAGGCCCUUCAGACUCAUUGUUAGUGUGUAGUGUUUUGAUUGCCUUAGGGGAAGUGCCUCAGUCCCAUACGCCUUCAGGACCCUUUAAAGGCAGAUUUCUGGCAACCUUAUGCAACCCCGCAGUAAGAUCGAAAAGGCCGUGGUUUUACCCCCCCGGGUCUGGUUUGCACAACUGUUAGAUCAGGCAACAUUUUAGUCUAGCCUUUUUACUAAGCUCAACGUUGCCGCCGGUAAUGGCAUUCAAGUAGGUGGCUCUGGGGUUACACCAGUCCUACAUGUCUCUCUUCGUGAACUACGACAGGAGCAUGACAGUGGCAAUAGGGGAGUUUUUUGCGAAACAUCUAAGAGUUCGUACCAGAAGUGUGGAGUACAUUCGACCGCCAACUGUUGGCCUGUUCGCGCAUCUCACACAGAGUCUGUUGAACCUAACUGCUUUAUAGAUUCAGUCGCCUGAGUCGGUUUACUUCGUGCCGCCCGUACGUGGAGACGGUGUAAAUAAGUGCAGAAUUGUACAGAAACACGGCUCUAUAAUUGACAUGAUUAGGAAAAUUUUAAUGCUACAUUUACAACCAAAUGUCUCCAAGCGUACAGUCGGAAGGUUAUUGUACAGUCAGAAAGAUGUAGCGUAUAGUUGGAAGUUACGGGGGAAGAAGACGGGAGAUUCAAAUGUUACGAGGGUUGGAGAAAAAUAGAAUGACAUGAUUUUCCGAGGGAAACAAAAAACUUAAUGUAUACGCUAAAAGGUGUCAAAAAGGGACAACAUACGUGGGAACGUACAUUCCCACCCAAGAUUCGCGGUUGUCGUUGGUGCGGGUAUCAUUCAUCGCUUGGUUUGUGGUUCUCUAACAGGCACAAACUGCGCACGUCUCUCAGUAAUCUCCCCUGUUGCGUUCUCAGUACAACAUCUGUCACCUUUCCGUCCUUCGAUUCGAGCAGCUUUUCCUCUACGGCCUUCUUCCAGUGUCCUCGUGGCGCUACUUUGUCAACUACAAGGACCAGAUCUCCUCUACGGAGUUGUGGGGCCUCACCGAUCCACUUUUGUCUAGCUUGCAACGAUGGUAAGUAGGCACCGAUACACCUUUUCCAGAAUAUAUCAGCAAGAUGUUGGGCUUGGCGUCACCGUCGCUUAAGUCUACAGGGGCAGCAUUCCUCAACAGAUGGUGAAAGGUUCCGAGUGCUCAGUAAAAACUGUUGGGGAGUGAGUACAGAGUACUCGUUCGGGUCCGUACUGCUCUUAACCAGCAGCCGGUCAUUCACUAUCUUCUCAUUCUCGGUUAUGGUUGUUAUGAAGACCUCAUCUGUGACCACUUGUGAACCCAAAAAUGAACGUAAAAUCCGUCUGACGGACCGUAUCAGGCGCUCUCAUACUCCUCCCCGAUGACUCGCUGUGGGGGGGGGGCGUGAAGAUCCAAUCGCAUUCCUUCUCCGCAAGAGAGCUAGCUAUUCGGUCCUGGCUUCAGCAAUUCCGCCAGUUCGUUCUCAGCUCCUCCAGGAGCAUGACAGUGGCUAUAGGAGGUUUUUUUGCCAGUCACAUCUAAGAGUUCGUACCAGAAGUUCUGGCCAACCGUCGUCUUCACUUGUAAUCCCCACGAGUUUGUUGACUGGAUCGCCUUUUACCGGAUGUAGGAGUCGGGGAAGAAUAAUUCACGCUCCAUUUCUGACACUGCUUCGCCAGACGCCGUUGUUCUUCUUAGACUCCUCACCGCCUCUGCUCCGCGUAACUUUGGUCUGCGCCUGAUACAACUCUGCCUGCCUUGCUUAAUUUCCGAGGAAAUUAAUGCGCGAACUUGGAGUAACUCUUUCGAAACAGGCCUUUUCAGGCACGGUCCGAAAUUUGAUAUGAAUAUUUGAGCUGAAAUCCAUCAGCUACUGCGGACUAACCGCUUAAUAUUCACAAACCGCCAACAGGCAGCCAGUAGUAUAGCAUUGUGCAAUAAUUUACCGUACUAACAACACAGGUAUUAGCUAAAAGCUAAUACCUGUGUUGUUAGUACGGUAAAUUAUUGCACAACUCUGCCUAUUUUCUCCGAGGCGUCGUUUCUGCUCAACUUGGGUACAGGCACAGUGAGAUAUUUUUCUUAGUUGUGCCCGAACAAGCCGUAAUCUGGAGGUCUUUUUGACCAGGACAGAUAGUGCGCGCCUGAUUCUGACAUUUCACCAAAUCGGCGAACUCCACCAUCUCUAUGAUGACCGUAGACGUUUCGGAAAUGUCCACAGCAAAUCUCCGGUUUUUUUUUUCGUUAAACUUCUGAACGUAUGGUGGUUCGGAGAACUCAGUGGACCCUUCUGAUUUAAAUCCUGUUUUAUGGUGUACCCUUGGGGAGGGACUUGUGGCGUAGACACGAUCCGAGCCUAAUGCGAUUUCCACUUCUGUCCGUCGACAGAGCCGAACCGCAUUCAGGCACGGGGCGAUUUUGUGCAACUGCUCUGCCCUCCUGCGUGUCCGUUGCACCUAACGAGCCAGUGGCUACGUUUGCCACGACUGCGGACGACAGAAUGCUGCGUCGUUUUUACCUGUGCACGCAUUCCGACCCAGCGGGCCAUGACAUCUUAAAAGCGACUACGCAUUGCACGUAUUCCUGCACCGAGACAGUUGGCGGAUAUGCAGAAAGUCGCGCCCCAAGUUUUUCGUUGGAUUUUUUUAGCCAAAUGACAGCGGUGGAUGGAGGGCGGGCUGAGGCCGGACCGCUUGAAGUCUUAUGUACAUACCUGUCACAGACGUGUGCCACGGGAUCCUUCAUGUUGUCCUUCUGAUAGACCGGUCAUGCGUCGAAUGUGUGUGCCCCUAAAACGGGCCAGGCGGGAGAUGCGCCGGACCAACACAGCGACUGGAUCGGAAUCCGGCGGCGCGUUAUCUAGGCUGCACACGCGUAACAAAUGCCAACACGGCUCACGCCGUUCCGAUUGGGAUCGGUGCCGGAUCGGUGUAUAAAACCCUGGUCAGUGUCUGGUAUGGACCAGUGGGCUUGGUGGUACGCCUAGACGCGGGUUCUGGCGUGGUCGGUGUGCUGCCUAUAAACCAGCUGCGUCAUGGUAGCAGUGCCAUUGUUAGUUCACGGUCGCUUAGUUACUAGGCGCGGAGCCUGUCAGCUUACAGUAGGUGUGCUAACUCAUGAAAUGUUAACUGGAAUUCUGAAAUUCGUUUUCGUUUCCAAAGGACUGCUUCAGUGGGGUUUUAAAAUUAAUAAUCGUGCUGUAUAAUUCUAUAAUAAAUCAGUUACCUCGAGAUGCCGGCUUUCGAACGGACUUCUUUCCGGCCACAUGCAAAAACCACAUUCUGUAGAAAGCGACUACUUAGGUAGCAUGGAUUUUCCCCAUUGAUUUUGAAUGCCCUUGAAAAUGUAAUUAUAUUUAGUGGGAAACAUGCAUAAAAAUAUUCAUUCUUUUACUCAUUUUGCGGAAAAUUGAGUCUUCUUUAAAUUUUUUACUUGAAGAGAAAGUAUAAUUCGGUUUUAAAAACUUUUCCAAUUCCUGAAUAAUUUUGAACCCGACCUGCCGUUACACUUGCAUUGAAGGUUUCAAAACUACAAGGUGUGUAGUUUCAGUAUACGAAAAAUCCUACGUUUCUAUACGAUAUUAAGAGGAGACAAUUUAGGGUUCAUAAACUUCAGCAUUGGAUCUGACCCAUAUUGUAAACUUUACAAGAAACCGUAAAUGCACAGACAUGAUGUUUUAUGAACGAGAAUUUCAAGGCAUUAAAAAUCUCAUAAUUAGAAACCUUUCUAAAACUUAAUUAUAUCCCUCCUUCAAGUGUAAAAUUUUAAAAGGACACAAUUUUCUACCAAAUGAGUUAAAAAAUGAAUAUUUUUAGUCAUGCUUUCUAUUAAAUAUUUUUGAAUUUAUAGGAACAAGCAGCUAUCAUUUACAGAGCGUAGUUUUUCCAGGCGGCCGGAAAGAAGUUCAUUCGAAAGCCUGCAUUUUGGCCUAACUGAAUUUUUAUGGAAUUAUGCUACACGGUGAUAAACAUUACAACCAUAUUUAGGUAAUAUUUUUAGUACGAAGCACAUUUCAGAAUUUCGGUUGACAUCUCAUGAGUUUGCCAAUUUGGAUUGAACUUUCUGACAGAGCGGACAGAGGAGUGCGAAUGAGGUACAGCCCAAUUAUAUUUCAUGGCAAACGUGCAUGAAAAUAUUCAUUCUUUUGCUCAUUCGGUAGAAAAUAACGUCUUCUUCUAGUUUUAUACUCGAAGGAGAGAGAUAAUUCAGUUUUAAAAAGUUUCUAAUUGCGGGACUUUUAAAUACCGUGAAAUGGCCGUUCAUAUAUCGUCAUGUCUCUGCAUUUACCAAUGUGGCUUGUAAAGUUAACAAUAUGGGUCAAAUCCACUGCUAAAUUUUAUGAACCCUUUAUGGUCCCCCUUUAUUACCGUAGAGAAAUGUGUGGUUUUCUGUACGCAGAAAAUAUACGGCUUGUAGUUUGGAAACCCUGAAUCCAAGUGUAACGGUACAGCGGGUUCAAAAUUAUUCGAGAAUUGGAAAAGUUUUUAAAAACCGAAUUAUACCUUUCCUUCGAGUAUAACGUUGGAAGAAGACGUAAUUUUCUACCGAAUGAGUAAAAGAAUGAAUACCUUUAUGCACGUUUUCCAUGAAAUAUAAUUGAAUUUUUAAGGGCAUCGACAAUCAAUGGGAAAAUUGCCUGCUACUUAAGUAGUCAUUUUUUGCAGAGUGCCGUUCUUGCAUGCCAUCGAAAAUAAGUUCAUUCGAAAGAAGGCACCCUGUGGCAACUGGACCAUUAUAGAAUUAUGCUGCAUGAUGAUUAGUUUUACAACCAUACUUUUUAAAAACCGAAUUAUCUCCCUCCUUCGAGUAUAACGUUGGAAGAAGACGUUAUUUUCUACCGAAUGUGCAAAAGAAUGAAUAUUUUUAUGAAUGUUUUCCAUGAAAUAUAAUUGGGAUGUACUUCAUUCGCACUCCUCUGUCCGCUCUGUCAGGAAGUGCAAUCCAAACUGGCAAACUCAUGAGAUGUCAACCGAAAUUCUGAAACGUGUUCCCGACUCAAAAAUUUUGAGUAAAUUAAAAAAGCAACAGCAACAACCGGCUUGUUAUCGAAUCUGUAAUCCGAAAUUGGAUGGACAAGAUGAUCAUUCAGCUGUUCAUACAAAAGCCUCCCGCAGGCCUUAUCUGGCCAUUUGGCCGAGUUUACUCCGAUUUCAAAUGUUGUGGCGAAGGCAAGCGAAGGCAGGGCGCGCAAGUUUGAUCCAAUUUCCGAUCUCGUCUUAACCAUGCGCGCUUGUGACGAAAACUUCGACCCACGGUGGUAGAUGCCCAUUAGUCAGAGAGCUCGAAUAACGGUGAAAGCCGAAAGGUCAAACUAAGAAAGCGUGAACAAUCCUGGCGCGCACACAUGUUCUGCUGUUGGUGCCUUAUUUGAUGCCCUGAGACCUCUCUCUCUCACACACACUACACCUUUUCUGCCGAGUCACAACCCAUCGACUGCGUCCUCAGUGUAGACGACUCGGCUCUGUGAUGUUUUGACCUGAAGGCGAAUUCGCCCGUUAUGCCCGUAUUGUUCCAACUCAGCCUUUAUGUUGAGAUACGCAAUUGAUGACGGGAGUGGGCGUAAUUGAAAAUUAAAUUCGGUAACAAUCGGGAGAUGGCACCCAAAAAAUCCGUUACUUAGAAAUAAUAACUUUAACAGGGGACUCAAACGCCCUCAGGCUAUAUCAGCGGUUGCAGGCCUACUUUCACGCACUACUUGGACUUUUCCCGACGGCCUAACAUGGGCUGGCCGAACGAACAUCGCAGGUGGUUAUAUGGACGAUGGUCGCUGUUACCCAAUCUUCCUCGUCGUUACACACGUACACCUGAAUAUACGGCAUACAUUCGCAUUAUGGCAAUUUAUUACAAAACAAAAUCACUUUUAAAUAGGAUAAGUCUGCCCAACAUGGGACAGGAACAGUUCCCAGGCAUCUGUCAAAGACAUGACAGUGAGGCAAAACCAAAGACGAUGCUGUACUUCGUCUAUGGGAGCGCACACAGCUAGAUCACAUACAGGGCCUCCGACGUAGAGUUUCCUUUUCAGUCUGUUCAAGUAUGCCUCAAUGGCAUUGGUGUGCCGUCCGGUGGUAGGGUCCUUGAAGUUCUUUGAGUGGUUAACAGAGAAAUGUAGAAAACCUGAGGGAAGACGAUUAUACGCCUUCCACUCGUCCGCUACCACUAUACUGCCUUUGGCGACCCAUUUUGUAAUAACGGAACGGAGAGCGGGCCAACUUCGAUCAUUCACCUGUUCAAAUAAGGCUUUCUGUCGGCUAGUUUCAUACAUCCCGACCAGCCAUUACCCAUAAAACCCCUAUUACUACCUGUCCCGUAAGACAGGCUGCUUUCGUUUGGCGGAUUUUUUGGGUGCCAUCUCCCGAUUGUUACCGAGAAGAAUUCAUGCUACUAAAGUAGUCCUUUUUACAGAGUUUUAUUUUUGCAUGCGGCCGGAAGGAAGUUCAUUCGAAAGCCGGCAUCCUGAGCUAACUGAAAUAUUAUAGAAGUAUGUUGUAGGCUGACUAGUUUUACAACCCUAUUGAAUUUAUCAUUUGGAAAUGAAAACGCAUUUCGGAAUUUUGGUUGACAUUUCAUGAGUUAGCCCACCUACUGUAGGUCUACGAAUUAACUGACGAAGCAGGUAGCCCUGGUUGGCUGUGGGCGCGUGGUAAGUAAUAAGAUGAAACUGGGAAUGCAAAGGCUGUAGUGAAGACAGCCGUUCACUCAGAAGAUGUCUACCUUCUCAGGUUGCUUUCUUUCCCUCGAAUUCAUCUCCCUGGACUUCGGCCCAGGUAUUCAUACAUCAAAUUUCGGUCUGCGCCUAUUGACCCUACAAAACACGGAUCUACUCCGAGUUCGCAGUUAAUUUCUGAGGAAAUUAAAAAAGCAACAAAAACCGGCUUGUUAUCGAAUCUGUAAUCCGAAAUUGGAGGGACAAGUUGAUCAUCAAGCUGUUCAUGCAAAAGUCUCCCACAGGCCUUAUCGGGCCAUUUGGCCGAGUUUGCUCCGAUUUCAAAUGUCGUGACUGAGGCAAGCCAAGGCAGGGCGCGCCAGUUUGAUCCGAUUUUCGAUUCCGUCUUAACCAUGCGCGCUUGUGACGAAAUCUUCGACCCACGGUGGUAGAUGUCCAUUAGUUAAAGAGCUCGAAUAACUACCGUGACGGUGAAAGUCGAAAGGUCCAACUAAGACGGCGUGAACAAUCCUGCGCGCACACGUGUUCUGUUCUUGGUGCUUUUUUUGAUACCCUGAGACCUCUCUCUCUCUCUCAAUACACCUUUUCCGACGAGUCACAACCCAUCAACUGCGCCCUUUUUAUUCGUCAGUUUAGACGACUCGGCCCUGUACUGCGCCGACCUGAAGGCGAAUACGCCCGUUAUGCACGUAUUGUUCCAUCUCAGUUUCUAUGCUGAGAUACGCAGUUGAGGACGGGAAUGGGCGUAGUUGAAAAUUGAAUUCGAGCACUUCUCCGGUCCUCCGGUUUCCGUGGCCAGUUCAACGCCAUUCUGCAGUCUAUUUCGGACUGACUGCAGUAGGAGGCGAUCAUUUCUGACGCGCUUAACCUUCUCUAAGUUGAACAAGUCGUAAUAUUUGUUGCAGCAAGUCCAAGUCUGACGGUCGCUCCCAUGCAUCCGAUGUCUACACACCGCCGCUUGUGUUGUGCGCCUUCUAUCGGUGGUGGCAACGUCUUGAGCGCUGUAAACGACCCCUUGACCCUUAGUGAGUUCGCGAGGAGGCUGGAUCCAACUAGCACCUGCCACGCACACACCUAAUAGCGUGCUUGCGCAAUAACUAGUGCACAAGUGACCCAAAAGCAUCAGCCAGCGUCUGUUUGUCUGCUACUCCUGUGCCCUUCGGUCUCGUCUGAUUUUUCGUGUCCAUUGGCCUAUCUUUUGGUCAAGUUGUUUGACUCAAACUCCGUAUUUUUUCGAAGGGGUUAUUGCAGGCUGACCGCCAGUCCUGAAAAGGGCCAAGUUAGUUAGCCUCCUAGUUGGCAGUCUUCCAAGCCAUGACUGUCUAAUAUGCAGGGCAGAUUUUAGCUUCAAAACAUCUCCAUCGCUUCAAUGCGGCGUCUUGCAUUCCAAAUAUGUGCUACAUUUGUUUAAAUCGCUGAUUAUCAUUCAAUCGGCAGAGCGUCACCCUUGUUUCGAGUGCUAAAGUAAAAGUCUGACUGAAGUGUGCAGGACACUGCGAUUCCCUGUAUUCCAUAGAUAUUUUGGCAGAUUUUGAAUAAUUCAUAUUGACCCAACUGUGAAAAACUCGGCGCCUCGGUGGGAUUCUAACCCACGCAGUAAGGGGAAGGCUCUAAUACAGUCAACGCUCUAUCCACUUGAGCUACGAGGCCCCGCCGGACGACGCGAGUUUAAUCACAUUUGGGUCAAGUAACCCGCCCAACCUACUGCAACGUCUGGAAUCCACCAAAUCUGAUACAGUAAGUUGAAUGCCCAAGCAGGAUUUCUUAAGUAACUCGCCUAGAAUUCACCAGAUGACUACAAGGCUCACGUAAUUCAUAGAUGUUUUGGCAGAUUGGGUCAAUAUGAAUUAUUCGGAAUCUGUCAAAACAUCUAUGAAUUACGUGAGUCUGGUAGUCAUGUGGUGGGUCCUAGGUGAAUUACCUAGGAAAUCCUGCCUGGGCAGUCAACUUACUGUAUCAGCUUUGGUGGAUUCCAGGCGUUGCAGUAGGUUGGGCGGGUAAACUUGACCCAACUGCGAUUAAACUCGCGUCUCCCGGAGGGGCCUCAAGUGGUUAGAGCGUUUACUGUACCAGAGCCUUCCCCUUACUGCGUGGGUUCGAAUCCCACCGAGGCACGGAAUUUUUCCACCGUUGGGUCAGUAUCAAUUAUUCCCUCUAUUGUCUCUGCGCAUGUAGCCUUGUGUCUUUGGUUGCCGCACAACCGAAAUUUACUUGUCCAACCGUAAGGGAGGAUGGUAGAACGCUUGCAGAACGGAAUACGAAAUAUGCUCUGAGUUCCAGCCAACCGUUACACGUGCUAUCCGAGGUGAUAAGGGAGUCGGUCCACAAUGGUCGCUUAUGACCUACUCUUCUUUAUCUUCUCGGAUCGGUGAGCACCCCCCUCCACCAUUGUAUAUUUCCGAUCGAAACCGACAGGACAACGGGCCCGUGGCUCAGUGGUUAGAGGCGUUGAACUUCUAACUAACAGGUCGCCAGUUCGAGCCUCGGGUGUUCCACGACGGUUAAUAAGUUAGAAAUGGCCACUCCAAUCUCCCUUGUCUUUGUCGGUAAUAGCAUUCUGCCUAUAUCAUGCGCCGCUGUGUGGCUGAUGGUGGGGCUCGAGAGAGAGCCCGUAAAACACACCGGAACGAGUGAGUUCCGUAAGAACGAUCGGUGAACGCCCCGUACCAUAAAACUACUCCAUUAUUGAUUGCUCGUCGCUACGCCACGUACAUGUGCCAGUCAAGGACACCCUAGGGGCCUACGCUAGGCGCGUGCACAGUUUCGCAAUCGGACCGAAUCCAUGGGCCUCACGCAUACAUGACUGAGUGUUCUCGAUGGCGGCUGGUAGAGCACCCGGACCCAAUAACCGACUAGAGCCGGGUAUGACAGGCUUGUGACAAUAAACAGGACAGAAAUGACCAUCCACGUCCACUGACCCUCCUUUGACUCUCCCACCUACUUGACAAAGCCUCAUUAUGCAUGCCUCUACGGCCCCCCUUGCCCUCUUCACUGCCUUGCAGGCUUCACCCACGAAUUGGGCGCCUUUCAAGUAAACUUCCACACGAGCAAUUCGGACAGCGGCGGUAGCGUCGUCGGCGGCAAAACCCUGCAUCAGAGUCACCUCUCAGGUUACUGUCCCCGAGAGGACGCCCUUCUGCCCUCCAUCGUCUCCGCGCUGGCCUUCAAGAAUCGCGACUCGCCGCUCAUCUACCUCAUGGAGAAGCAGCGUUUUGACUCCGCCUUCAGUCCGCCCAGCCAACCCAACCUCUGGGUGGCCGAGGUGACCGUUCAGCCAGAAGAGGCCGGUCCGGCCGACUCGCCGCUACCGCCGCCCAUGACCGCGCUGGAGGUGGAGUUUGUGAGCCAGGCCUCCACCUCCUCGGAUGCCGUACCGCUGAUUGGAAGUCACUUUGACGAACAACUGGCUAAUUUCUCAGCCGCCUUUCAGGCCAAAUUCCAGGCUCGUUUUCCUGUCUAUGGGCUCAGACACUCGGAGGCCGAGGUGAGUGUCGCCGUCUUGAUGACCGCAAUAGUUGUGCUUGCAGUAGCGACAGCAGCAGUAGCAGCAGCACUGGUAGCAGUAGUAGUAUGGGUGUUAGUAAUAGCAAUAAUAAUAGUAGCAAUAGGGAUAGUAGUAGUAGUAGUAGUAGUAGUAGUAGUAGUACAAGUAGUAGUAGUAGUAGUAGUAGUAGUAGUAGUAGUAGUAGUAGUAGUAGCAAUAGUAGUGGUAGUAGUAGUAGUAGUAGGUGGUAGUGGUAGUAGUAGCAGCAGUAGUAGUAGGUGGUAGUAGUAGUAUUAGUAGUAGAAGUAGUAGUAGUAGUAGAAGUAGUAGUAAAGUAGUAGUAGAAGUAGCAGUAGUAGUAGAACUGUCGCAUAACGCACUAUUAUCGGCGUUAACAUGAAGUAAUGAUAAUCCCAUUAACGACAGCUUCCGUUUCCUAAUUACUUGCGUGUCGGCCAGUUACAACCUCUGCUUAUGGUGAAAUGCCCUCAUUCAUCCACAGUAAGUGACAGUAAGAAAGAAUUACUUAGGUGGGAUUGUAAUGGUGGUUAUCAUGUAGCAUAAUCCCCAUGAUAUUUCAGGCAAGCAAGGAUGCCGAUUUUAGAAUGUGCGUUUUUCCGGCUGUUUACAAAAAGUAAACUCGCCAAAAAUGCUUACUUAAUUAGUAGGCGCUUUUUCCGUUGCUUUUCGAUGCCUUUAUAAAUCCGAACACAUUUUAUGAAGGACGCACGAAAAUAUUCCUAGUACUGAUUUUUCAAAAAAAAUUAAGUCUUUUUCAAAUUUUUCACGAGAAGAAACGGCAUUGUUCGGUGUAAAAAGGUUGCAGUCUUGAAGUCUAUUGCAACCCUGAAGUCCGUUUAGAUAGCAUCGCAUCUAUCGGUUUAUGAAUACGACGCGGUACAUGUCCAUUAUAAAAUUAGGCGAGGUUUGGUCCUGCAGCCCUACAUGAGUAAUAACAUAUUGUUAGCUUCUUAAAAAAAUUCUAGAUGCGAAUAUGCUGACUUUACAAAUAUCACGUAUUUACAUCUUCCUUACCAUUUAAAUCCAGCGAGUGACUGUGCCACGCUGGGGGAAGUGCUUAUACGCCAGCCUCGGUUACUUCAGGUAUCAGUUCACACGCGAGUGGCUAAGCUCGGAUUGUUAACUAAUAUUGUUUUAUUAAGCUAACAAUACGGUAUAACUCAAGUGGGUCUGCAGAACCAAGCCUCACCUAAAAUUAUGUGGGCCCAACACGACAUCUUAGUCGCAUCGAGGAAUGCAUGAUUCCCCCAGCGAUGGAAAGUGUACAGCUUAUGACAUGGAAACCCUAAAAACUGAUUUAGCGACAGGUUGGGAUUCAAAGUCAUCCUGGAAUUGAAAAAAGAUUUAAACCGAAAGAUACCGUUUCUUCGAAAAAGCAUUUGAAGAGGGAGGAAUUUUGUUCAAAGUGACCUCAAGAACGGAGAUUUCGGUUCACGCUUUCGGGGAAAGCAUGUUUUGAUUUUUGUGGUCGUCCAAAUUAAAUAGAAAAAAAACGCAUGCUGAUUAGGAAGGCACUUUUAACGAGUGCAGUUUUUGCAGGGAGCCGCAGAGACGUGCACUCAAACGCCAGCUGUGGAGCGCAUUCUACCCUGGGGGCAGAUUUCAGACUUUCAGUUAGUGUGUCAUGAGUUAGCUCAUCCACUGCACCGCCUCGUUCUCCGCUGGGAAGUGGCCCGUUUUGCAGAAGGCAUUUGUUUGGCCUGUUAACGACGUCGUCACCUCACUGCGCGCCCGACCUGCUCACCAGCGCUGGCGGCCGUGUUGAGGCGGCGGCGGCGGCUGCAGGCAGGUGAUGAGUCAUCAUCCUCAUCCUCAAACGGGCAGACCUUUUCCCGCCCGCCUAGCGCUUGGUGGCUGUAAAAGCCCCAAGCUGACAUUUGGCCCUGGGGUAAAGGCGGGUUGGGGAAGUGUCGGCGGGGAUGUUGUUGUUGUUGUUGUUAUUGGUGGCGGUGGCGGCGGUGACCUGACUUUGAGAGAAGAAUGCUACUUGAGGCGAAGAGACGAGUCCCAGGAAGCAGUCGUGGAGAAUGAGACACGAUCGCUGAGGCAAGAGCUUUAUUCACCACUUGGGGUUGCAGUUGCAGACAGACCGGAGGCGACCAUCGGGCGUCGGGUAAUGAAACCGAAAGACCCACUGCCACGGCAAGAAACGUCUGGAGUUAUUUAUCGGAUCUGGUGCAGUUGCAGACAAAGCAACUACUUAGGAGAACCCGGAAGACUGCUCCGAACACGCUGCAGCAGUUCGGAGAAAUGACGCCAGCUCUCAAGUUGUGACUCAUUCGACGAGAUCCUGUCACACAUUCAAAUUCGACGCGGCCGAAAUUCUCGCUAGAGGUGACAACUGCGCGAGCCGCGAGCUGCUUGCGUCAUGGUUCACUGGCUCCCCCAGUCCAUUAACAAGUUCAACGACCUUCACCUCCCAUACUCGGUGCUGAGACUUCGCCUAGGCGGAGUAAUUAACCAGGCGGGGAGCGCACAGGCGAACACCAUUCCCAACACCAAGGUCGGCGGGUUAGAUGGUCGAGCAAUCGUCACACCAACAUCCAACACACGUGAUGAAAUUGCAGCAGUUAACUACGCGAAUAUCGGCCGUCAAACAAUGACUGCACCAGGCGCAGCAGUCCCCGAUGAAGGGGGAGUCGUGAAUUUUUAUAGGUAUACGAUAGCAUGGCGACUGCAUCCUAUAAAUACUGCAGCCCCUUGUGCAUGAACCACCCGUAUCUGCUGUUGUUUCUGAUGAUAUGUUCGAGCACGAAUCCGAAACGUCAAGCGAAUAAAGCUCUUGUCCCAGCGAUCAUGUCUCUUCUUCUCCAUCAUCUCCAACCAGUGCCGGCCCGUGGUUUUUGCGCGUCUACCACCGUCAGGACAUUCCUUUUCGGUAGUCCAGGCGACGCCUUGAAGUGCCUCUCCUGAUCCUGGCUGAUCGAUCCAGCCUUGGUGGCGUCUUACGUAGAGGCGCCACCGUUUCUUUUGAUGGACCUGCUGACCUCAAUUCACCAAUGAGAGCCAGAGAGUGACCACAAAACACCUAGGAACCUCUGCAUGCCCCAGUAAUGGUCGAAGAAGAGCUUUUCUUACUUGCAUCAACCCAGCAUCGGUGAUUUGAAAGAAAAGAGCUUCUAACCACCGAUUUAGGGGCCCUGAGGAACGAUUUUGGACUUUCGCGUCAGGAAUUUGCUGAAAGUGGAGCUACGAAAGAGAGGGGGCAAGCUCCUUUUUCGUUGCCGUACCUCUUAGGGGUUAGGUGUCAGGGUUAGGAGUUAGGGAUCAAGGUUAGGGGUUCUUGAGUCUGUCUUGACACCGGAACCAGGUGGGGGCGGGGAGGGGAAGGAGAAGAGAGUGCAAAGAUGCAGUGCAAGUCACCGUCUCCGUGCCCACGCUGUUGUGAAACCCAAGUGGACAUCGUCAGAAUCGACGGUCGAACUGUCACUUCGUAACUGUUUAUUCCUUUUUCUCCCAUAACACAUACACACCGGGCCGUGCGUCUCUAAGGAAACUAGUUGUGGUGGUGGUGGGAGUCGUGAGCUGGUAAUCACCUGCUAGAGGCAACACAUACAGCAGUCUAUUGUCGACCCCUACCAUCAGUUAGCUUAUUUUGAGAUCAGUGUGUAUUAAUUCCAGCUUGAGGACUCCACAGUCUACUCCGACACUGACGAACUAGCGUUGAAGCGCUGAUGGGACCUCGGUCUUCCGCUUAUUCCGACACAAGCUUGACAUUUUGCCGUCGGUUUCUGUCUCCGGUCGCAGACGCUGGUGGUAUAGUUGGUUGAAUGAGACAUGGAUAAGCCUGAAAUGCAGUGCGUGAUCGAUCUCGGGAAAUGUUGGCCGAAAUUCUGAAAAGCGUUUUCGAUUACGAAGGAUUACUCGGGUGGAUUUGUAAUACUGAUUAUCUUGCGGCAUAAACCUAUAGUAUUUCGAACUUGGUAGGAUCUUGACUCUUGAAUGCACUUCUUUUCGGCCUCCUGUAGAAACUGUACUCGGUAAAGAAUGACUACUUAUGUGGUGUGCAUUUUUCACAUUGAUUUUCGAUGGUCUCAUAAAUUCAAAUAUAUUUCAUAAAAACAUGGACAAAAAUGUUUUCUUUUAUUCAUGUGAUAGAGAAUCACGUCGUCUGUAUAUUGUUCACUUGAAGAAGGAGUAUAAUUAGGUUUUUAAAAAGUUUCUAGUGAGAUUUUUUAAGACCUUGCAAUGUCCAUUCACACAGCAUCGUACCUGUCCGUUUACCACUGCUCCUCAUGAAAUGCACAGCAUAGGCUGCAUUAAUUGCAAAAUUUUAUGGACUCUAUCUGGUAUCUUUUUAAAGGCAUAGAGGAAUGUAUGGUUUUCCAUACACGGAACGCAUGCGCCUUGUAGACUGAAAUCACUAAGCGCUAAUGCAACGGCUGAUCAGGCCCCAAAUUAUUCGGGAAUCAGAAAACUUUUUUAGAACCUAAUUAUACUCCUUCUUCAAGUGUACAAUAUACAGACGACAUGAUUCUCUAUCGCAUGUGAUUUUGCAUUCUCAGAUAUGACUGUUUGCUUUGCGCAUUAGUUUACGCUGAGUGUUUCGCCUUUUGAAAGUGCACCCUAUUCUGGGCGGUCUCCGGACUGCACGCCUUGAGGACGCUUGUCUUGAUAUACCCCCCCUUCUCUUCAGCUCGCCUUGUCCAGGUCCGCCCUGAGCAAUCUGCUCGGUGGGAUCGGCUACUUCUACGGCAGCUCGAUUAUACAGUCUCCGCUGCUGGGGCCCGAUCCGCUUGAUUACGGGCCGUCCAGUCUCUACACGGCGACUCCCUCGCGUCAGCAGUUUCCGCGCGGUUUCCUCUGGGAUGAGGGCUUCCACGGCCUGUUGUUGGCCCAAUGGGAUGUGGAGAUGGCUUUGCAGUCGCUGAGCCAUUGGCUUGACCUCAUGAAUGCCGAGGGUUGGAUCCCACGGGAGCAGAUUCUGGGCUGGGAGGCCCGCGCGCGUGUGCCGGCCGAAUUUGUUGUCCAAUCUACGAGUGUGGCCAAUCCGCCUACCUUGAUGCUUGUUGUGGAGGUGCGUCUGUUCAUUUUCACUGGGUGGCCUGUGAAAUUCUUGGUCUCUCUUUGAUGAAUCUUGAAUCACUUCUCCACUUCCAUAGCCCACCAGUAAUCAUUAUCGCAGUACCACAGUAAGUCCUAUUGACCUUACGCUUCUCCGAAUGCAGGCGCUGGGGACCUCUUAA